AUGCGGGUCUCGCUGCCGCGCCGAGGCUUCUUGGCGCGUUUGUCUCGCCGUUGGUGCUCUGGCACUGCAGUGCCACGCGACUGCUACGCCGAGCUCGACGUGCCACGAGCCUUCGCCGUCGAUGCCGCAGCACUCCGCACCACGUACCGACGACUGAUGGCGGAGCAUCACCCCGACCGGCACACGCUCGGCGGAGAGCAGGAGCAGCAGGAGGCCGCCAACCGCUCUGCUCGCAUCACUCACGCCUACAGCACGCUCGUCCGGCCGCAUCGCCGCGCUGAGCACCUGCUCGAGCUGCUGGGCGCACCGCUGAGUGACGAAGCGGCGGGCGAAGUGGUCUUGGACGAUGGCUUCCUGGCGCAGGUGAUGGAGGCGCGCUUCGAGAUCGAGGACCCCGACACGUCUGUUGCGCGGCUUGGCGCGAUGCGGGAGAGCAACAGCAGUGCCAUCGAUGAGGUGUGUGAUCAGCUCGGAGCGGCGUUCGACUCUCGCGACGCCGGCGCCGACCUGAGCGAGGCGCGCUUGUUGACGGCGCGUCUCAAAUACCUGCAGCGAAUCGAGGAGGCCGUCUCGGAGCGCACCGACACGUAAACGGUCCGCUCAGACCUCGAGCCGCACAAUUCAAAGCCGGUCGAGCCGGCAGGGUGUGUUGUUUUGAACCCUCUUACGCGAAAGUAUGUGUAACGUGAUAGGACCGCCUCUCUCUGCGCUGUAUGGCGCCCCUGGCCCUGCGCGCCGAGGCGUGCGUCUGCGUGCCCCGGUGGAGCUGGAGCGCCAGCGGAAACAUCACCUGCACAU